AUGUCCGCCCAACACCACGCGGUGGGUUUACAGCAGGCGCUGGAGUCGCGGGUGCCGUAUAAUUCCUUGAGUGCUCCACUGCGGCAGCGGGUGAGUGCGCAGGCGUAUCAACUGCACAGUGUUCACUUCGCCGUGAUGCGAUAUCACAGUUACGCUCGACUCCCCGAAUUUGUGCGGACUGCCCUCACAGAGGCGAAAUAUUAUGAAAUUAUGAUUAGUCAUCUACAUGAGAAACUGCAACUUUAUCCGUACUUGCAUAUUCGAAAAAUUGUAUACUAUACAAAGGAGACACCACUAAGUUAUUAUACAUCUAUGGUAGCCGAUUUACUCAAAACGGAACGUAGUUAUGAUACACUACCUAAUUUUACUGCUGUUGAUAUACUUAAUUGCAUUGGUAUUGGUCGUAAUCAAUACCUUGAGCUUACAAAGGAAGUAAGGAGCAAGUUACGCUGGCAUAUUAACCGACAAUAUGUUAAUACACAUUUACCAUCAGAAAUGCUCCCAUCUGUACCAUUACCACCAUUUUGGAAUAUUUUUGCUGUAGAGGUUUCAACAGAAACAUUAAAAAAGUCCUCUCUUAGUUCUGAUGACAUAAUGUUGUAUCGUCAAAUACUCAGACAAAACUCUUACAGUAAUAAUAUUAUUAAUAGUAAUAAUAAUAAUAACAAUAUUAUUAUUGGUGUUAAUAAUGAUAGUGGUAGUAAUCUUAGUGGUGGUACUAAUACUCGUAGUGGAGUAACUAGCAUGGUUACGACUAGUAAUAGUUUCAAUUAUAUUCAAUCAUCAUUAUCUUCUUAUGCUUGUGAAUGGCCACGUAUUCCACUUCAUCGCUUAUACUGUAAAGGAUUAAUUUGCGCAACAUUUACGGUAAAUUCAGAAGAUCAAAUUAUUGUUCCACCCCUUGAACGUUUUGUAAUGAAUCGUACUUCUGAUGAUCCUUGUGAGGUUUUAUUAUAUAGAAUUCUUGGAACUAUUGACAAUCGCACAUCCUUAAGUUGUCUUGCGCAGUUACUUAUGCUGGAUGAAGCGGAUGUCUGCGCUGCUGCACAUGUAUAUAUUAGACUAGGUCUCGCACAACCUAAAACGAUACGAAUUCCAGAAGAUCUCACACAUUCAAUGGAUCGUAUUCAUGAAAGUUGGCAUGAUAUUGUAAAAGAAUAUAUUCCUGAAGCACCUAAUACUUCUUCCGCAGCUUCAGUCGAACCAUCAGCAGAAGGUGAAUGUGGUUUGGUAGGAGAAGGUCCUAUUGUUAGUGGUAAUUGCAGUAAUAGCAGUAAUAAUAUCAUAGCUGGAGGUCAUCCAUCAAGACGAGUGGCAUUAUUGUACGACGCUACUCUUACAGGUUUUCUUAUGAUGACAAAUCUAAGUGCUGAUCCAACGUUUAAACAGCUUGCGGUUACUUUAUUUGAAAUAGGGAAGUUAUCAGAAGAAAUGAUUGGAAGUUUUAUUGAUAAACUGGAUCAAGUGAAUAAUUAUGCUGAAGACCAUCUCGGUGGUGAGGCGGUUAAAUACAUCCAUAGUGUUUUGUCACUCCGAGAAGUACUUAAAGCACUACGACGUGUUGUAGGUCCAGAUAAGGAGUGUGGUGUAGAUAUGCUUAAGGUUGAAUCUAUAAAUGAAUUAGAACCAACGACACGUUACUCUGUUCUUGGACGUAACUAUUGGGCAUAUUUUGUCACUUCACCCGUAUCAUAUGCACCACUUAUUGAUAUUGCGUUAAAUGGAGUAUAUGGAAGUACCGUAAGUCUUAUGCCAUCACCGUGGAUGACGCUUUAUCUCUAUACUGUAAUGGGAAAUGGACCACCAUGUAUGCUUCUUCCAAUUGGUGCUCGUCUAUUUUCGUGGCCACCGUUCCUACAAGAUACGGAAAAGAGUAUGGCAAAGUUACGGCUUGAACCACUUACAAUGGAUGCUGAAAUUACAUAUGUAGAUGCGGCUUCAUCUCUUAUUUUGGUGAAUGAGAUGACUUCAACAGCACCUAUGUUUGUACAACGUGUAGCUAAUUUACCUAUUGUUUCUGGAGAAACGAGUGGAUUUCUGAUGGAGUCAUCUGCAGAUUUUUCGAUUUCUGUAAUGGUACCAUUCACUGCCUCAGACGAUGAGGCGGUGGAACUCCUGCAGAUUGCUGUGAAGAAACAUAAACGAAUAGGAACGAUUAGUUUUGUAGAUGUUCAUGCAUGUGAAGGUAAAACAGCAGUGGCUCCUUUUUUGGAAUGCUUUCAAAAGGCGGUGGAAGCAUUACAUUUACAUGACUCUUUUGGAUGCUUUACCUUUCAAAUAUCUCUUCAAGAAAUUCUCUCAAAAAAAAUAAAAAGAAAGUCUACUUCCACCACUACCAGUACCACUACCAUUACCGAAACACCAACAGUAACAGCAACAAAUAGGAAUGUACCAACAACGGUGGUCGAAGAAUUUUCUCCACUACCUUCAACAUUAUCAUUAGAGACGAUGACAACACCUGUUGAUGCUAUAAAUUCUGUAAAAACAACAGAAACGAGAGAAACAUUAAAAACAGGAGAUGAUAAGGAAGAAUCUCCAGUUCUUCUUUAUUCUAUUAAUGAAGUAUUUAUUGUUGACAUUGGUUUAGGUAUUCCUUUAACAGAUCGACAUUGCUGUUCGCUGAUGGUGAAUCAUUUAGAAGGUCUCUUAAAUGAAGGUCGCAGCGAGCGACACAGUGAGGCGAUGCGGCGUCUCGCUAGUGACUUUGGAGAUUUUCUUGAGCGUUACUCACAGUUGACGCGAACAGAACGUGAAAAGAUGGCGUUGCAGUCUACCGCUAUAACUGGUCCUACAACGCAGAUGCAUAUUAGACGCCUAGGUGAAGGGGGUAAUGGGGGUGCACCAUUUCCAAGUGCGAUACUUCUUUUCGACGGCAAAACUCUUUCUCUCAUAGAUGACUGGAACCCUCUUACAGAGUUAUGGAGUGUCUAA